AUGGUACUCAGCAUGGUAUUAUCAGUGCUCUUGCUUCUGGUCCUGGUUACAUAUACAGCAUGCAAGACUCACAUCGUAACAUGCAGGCUUAAUAAUCCACGCCCUCUGCUUCAAAAAUACCAGCAGCCAGGGGACCUCAUCAUUGGUGGCAUAGCUUCUCAGAUCUUCAUGCUCUCCAUUGAAAUAGACUUUGCUGCAGAACCUGGAAUGACGUUGUCCACUGAGCCUCUGUUACUGGCUAAGAAUUAUCAACACAUUCUGUCCUUUGCAUUUGCAGUAAAGGAGAUCAAUGAAAACUCAAGACUCUUACCCAAUAUUACUUUGGGUAUCCACAUCCAUGACAGCUAUUUCAAGGCAAAGUGGACAUAUUAUUCCACGCUGCUACUUCUAUUCUCUUGGGAAAGAUUUGUCCCCAACUACCAAUGUGAUAUCAAGAAUAACUUGGUAGCAGUCAUUGCGGGACUGGACUCUCUAACCUCCCGUCAUGUGGCAACAGUCUUGGAUAUCUAUAAAAUUGCACAGCUCACCUAUGGUCCUACUCCAGUGAUGAAUGACAAAACCCCAGGACUUCCCUUCUAUCAGAUGUUCCCAAAUGAAGAACAUCAGUAUCGGGGGAUUCUUGCUUUACUUCUGCAUUUCAGCUGGACAUGGAUUGGGAUCCUUGUCAUGGACAAUGACAAUGGAGAAAGAUUUGUGCAAACAGUGUUCCCAUUAUUUUCCAAGAAUGGUAUUUGCUUUGAUUACAUAGAAAGGAUGCCCGAACUACCAUAUAUCUAUGACAUGUGGAGCUCGGUGGAAAAGGGGGCAGAAAUAUAUGAUAAAAUUUUAAGGAGCAAAGCCAAUGUAGUAGUGGCGUAUGGAGAUUCUUAUUCUAUGGCAUUUUUUAGAUUUUGGGCAUAUGCAUCAGAAUUAAAAUUUAUGAAAAAUGCACCAAAAGGUAAUGUGUGGAUAGGAACAGUUCACUUCGAACCUGCUUCAUUUGUUCUUCAAAGGACUUGGGAUAUACAAAUAUUCCAUGGUGCAAUUUCUUUCACAAUUCACUCCAGUGAUUUACCAGGAUUUCACCAGUUUGUUGAGAGAAUGAACCCUACCUCUGCUCAAUGGGAUGGUUUUAUCCAGGACUUCUGGGAGCAAGUUUUCAAUUGUGAAUUAAAAAAGCCAGAAAUGGAUUUGUUGGAGGGGAAUAUCUGCACAGGGGAGGAGAAGCUGGAGAGCCUUCCGGGGCUUUUGUUUGAAAUGAGAAUGACUGACCGCAGCUACAGCAUCUACAAUGCUAUCUAUGCAGUGGCCCAUGCUAUACAUUCCAUCUCCUCAUCUCAACUCAAACACAGAGUAAUGGCAGGUGAAGAAGGUCUGUACCUUCAGAAUCAACAGCGGUGGCAGCUGUGCUCCAUGGGUGAUUCCAGGGUAUAUCAUAUGCAUCAAGAUUUUGCCCUUGUGGAUCUGCUUGAUCACCUUCUGAGAACUCUGUCGUUUAACAACACUGCUGGCGACACAGUUUCCUUUGACCAGAAUGGUGAGAGAGUUGCUAACUUUGGUGUGAUCAACUGGGUUAUGUCCACAAAUCAAUCCUUUCAUAGAGUGAAAGUUGGGCAGAUGGAUCCCCAAGCUCCUCCAGACCAAGCGUUCACUAUUAAUGAGGAUGACAUUGCAUGGCACAGAUUUUUUAAUCAGGUACAGCCUCUUUCUCUGUGCACUGAGAGUUGCUAUCCUGGUUCCAGGAAGAGGGUGAAGGAAGGGGAGCCAUUUUGCUGCUAUGAUUGCAUCCCAUGUCCAGAAGGCAAGAUUUCGAACCAGAAAGACAUGAAUGACUGUCUUAAAUGCACAGAUGAAAAUUAUCCAAACAGAAAUCAAGAUUUUUGUAUUCCUAAGAAGAUCAGUUUCUUAUCUUAUGGAGAACCUUUGGGACUCGUAUUAGCCAGUUUUGCUCUUCUCUUUUCUUUUGUCACUGUUCUAGUGCUAGGAACAUUUAUGAAGCACCACAACACUCCAAUCGUCAAAGCCAACAACCGGAGCCUUACCUAUGCUCUCCUCAUCUGCCUCUUGUUUUGCUUCCUUUGUGCAUUGCUGUUCAUUGGUAUUCCUGAAAAGGUGACGUGCCUCCUACGACAAAUUACUUUUGUCAUCAUCUUCUCAGUGGCUGUUUCUUGUGUGCUGGCAAAAACCAUCACAGUGGUUCUGGCAUUCAUGGCCACCAAACCGGGUUCCAGGAUGAGGAAAUGGGUGGGGAAAGGACUGGCCAACUCCAUUGUGCUUUCCUCCUCCCUCAUUCAAUCAAGCAUUUGUGUUGUGUGGCUGGCAACAUCUCCCCCAUAUCCAGAUGUGGACAUGCACUCAAUGGUUGACAAAAUUAUACUUGAAUGUAAUGAGGGGUCUGUAAUCUUCCUUUACUUUGUCCUGGCCUAUAUGGGCUUCUUGUCCAUUGUCAGUUUGACUGUGGCUUUCUUUGCCAGGAAGCUACCUGACAGUUUCAAUGAAGCCAAGUUCAUCACUUUCAGCAUGCUGGUCUUUUGCAGUGUUUGGCUAUCCUUUGUUCCAACCUACCUGAGCACUAAGGGGAAAGACAUGGUAGCUGUGGAGAUCUUUUCUAUCUUAGUCUCCAGUGCUGGCCUGCUGGCUUGCAUCUUUUCUCCUAAGUGUUACAUUAUAUUAUUGAGGCCUGAGCUGAACAACAGAGAACAGCUCAUAAGAAGAAAGAGGAUGUAA